GUAAAGGCGACACUGGGGACGCGUACAUUUGCACUUGGUAGCAAGCCUCGUCAGCAUGUCUGAGCGGCUGUGGGGUGUACUUAAAGCCCGAGGUGUGCAGCGUGACACAUUGGAAAAAAUGCAGAACGAAAAGAUUGACGAGGAUGUCAUUAUUGAAAUGACGGAUGAAGAACUCAGCGAGUACAUUCCUCGUAAGGGUGACCGAGUUGUCGUUAAGGCUUUCGUCCGGAAGGAGAACAGUGAAACUCAAACUCAGAAGAGGAAGUUUACACUGCUCGAGAGCUUGAGGUCCCGAAUGGCAGGAAAGUCAGGGAAAAAAACAGCCAGACUUGUAAGUGACAGCGAGGAAGAAUAUGAGAGUUCUGCCCCCGGGCCAAGUGACGGCGGUCAGUCAAACAGCACGCAGAAAUCAGCAGAAACAAAGAGGGGCCCGAGAGGCAAGAAAGCGAAAGAGGCAUCAACAAGUUCAAGGUCCCUAAUAGUCGGGUUCUCUGUUUACGAGGCUACAGAGUCCAGGUACAAGCAGGUACGCGCCCCCAUGGGUGGGGGGAUACGUCACAUUACUGUCGACAAAAAUACACCCAAAAAAAAUUGCUACAUACCCUUUGCCCCUUGUUUUUUCAAGAUGGAAAAAACUGUCAUGGUUCGCUCGGGGACUUCCAGUUAGAUGUCUCCACAGAUGUGCA